UUUAUUUAUUUAUUUAUUUGACAGGGACAAUGCAAACAAACAUAGUGUCAAGAUCAAGCAUGUCACUGAAGUGUUGCAUAUAAAGUUUAUACACAGUAAAACUGGCAGUGUUAAAAAAUCAGUGUUACACUACAUUUACUCUUAAGGAGUUGAUUUAACAACAAAUAGUGAAAGACACCACCUAGUGUUGGUGAAAAUUAUCAGAGUUAAAUUGUCUCGUUAACUUUACACUGAUAAGCUCCGCCCCUCAAUCCAGCCAGAUCAGACUUGAAUUUCCUCGUGGUCGUCGCCAUUUUCUUCUACAUCGCACCGAAUGGUAAGUUCUUUUAAGUAACACGUUAAAACUAUUUUAUGUGAAUAAAUGUGUUAAUAUUACUGUUUAUGUUGUAGUUUGAUGAAUUUUGUGUAUUGUGAUCCGUUCAAACUCCGAAUUGAACAACUUCUCAAGCAUGUUGGUUAAGGUGAAACUUGGGGAUGGCCAAAAAUUUGUUAAAAUAUCCGAGCUGAGCCUGAAGGAAUUUUUGUCUGCUGCUUUUUUAAAGUUUGGUGUCUCAACUGUACCCGAGAAUGUGAAGGUUGUCGAUGAAUCGGGGACAGAGGUGGAUGAGGAUGUUUUUGAGGAUGUAGUGAAAGAUCCCUCAGUUGGUGUUCUCACCAUAAAACAUGGUGAAGACUUGGAAUCUGCCUCUCCACAAGCCUCUCCUGUGCAGUUAAAUGUGUCCCUGUCUUCAUCAAUUGACUCCACUGACUCGCAGGAUACAGUAAUUAUUGAAGAAAGCUCUUCGAGUAAAAGAAUUAGACUAGACGAUGAAGCUAAAAAGUUGGUGGAAUCCAUUCUUGUCCAUAAACCCGGUGGGGAGCAUAUAAUAAAUGAAUACAACCGAUUUAAGUCUUUGAGUGAUGAAACGAGGAGGAAAAUGGUGAACAUCCUGGCAGCUGACAUGACAGAAAAGAAUGGUACAUCACCACCAAGGCAGGUUAAAGAAAAAUAUGCCAGAGGAAUUGUGUCUUUGUUCCCUUACCUCAGUGACCCCAUGUCCAAAAAAGGCUACGAGCAUUACUAUGAUGGUGAGAGUGGCACUGGGUACUUGGCAUGGAGAAUCAAAACUAUACAAAGAGGCCUGGCUAAAGAACGAAGAGCAUCAUGUGAUGGACAAGGAUCGUCUGCUGAGGGGAUGUCUGGUGGACCAAUUGUAAGACGGGAGGCAGAGUUUACUCCGGAGACCGUCUUGAGUGAGGAUGAGUGCAAGGAAGCAAUUGCAUUCAUGAACUAUUCUGCUGAUGAGGACGCAGUCAAGAAGAAGAUGAAAUUGACAUUUGACUAUCGCCGCAACAUGGUUCUUGACCCUAUGCUGUCAAGUGAUAUAUUGACAGUCUUUCCACGUUUCAAAGACGUUAAAGGCUUGAUUGAGCAAGACUUUGUUCUGAUGUUUGGAGAAGGAGCGUCAGGCAAGCUACUGGAGAAGUGGACUACUGCAUUCAAGAAAAAAGUGAUUCAGCAGUGCAAAAAGCUUCCAACCACCAGUGAUGUUGGAGAACUCCUGCUAGCAGCUGAAUCUCCGUCUGAUGACUCAGAAGAUUGUGUUAAUUUUGUUUGGGACUCUGACCUCUCUUCUAUAAUACUGCUGUUGCAUCUGAUCCCACCUUCUGCCCAAGGCCGAAAGAGACCAGGAAAGGUGUCUGCUUCUCAAGCAGAGAAACAUCUUGUUGUCUUCAAGAAGAGUGGAACAAACAUUGAGGAGCAUCUUCGAAACAUCACUGCUAGUGCUCAGCCCUAUCUCCUGGCUGUGGGACCUCAGAAGAAAUCAGUUCACCAGUUCUACAUCAUCCUCGAUCAGCAUGCCAUUUCAUGCAAGUCAACCUCUUCUCUUGGUGCCUUUGACGAACUGUUUAAGUCACACUUUGUUUUUGGUACCUCCUACAACACUAUGCUACACAACAUGUACACUUUCAUUCAGACCACUGUGUACAACAUAGAUGUUGGCAAAGUGAAAGAGAGUCCUCGUGUUGCUGAAGUCAGAGCAAGGCUGCUUAGCUAG